GGACUUCAAUGUCACAAAUUGACUGUAGUCAAUGCCAAAUCAAAAUAUUAAAAGAGGGAAUGUACGAGCAAACAAUACUUCAUUUCUUGUAAACAGUUUACAUUGUGUAUGCAGGAUUAGUAACGCGAAAUGUUUAGUGAUUAUUGUAAAUGGUGACAAAGACAAUGACUACAUUACUUGUGUCGGCAGCUGAAUUGUCGAACAUUAUUUCGGUGCUCGCAGUGCUGUUAUGUUUUUGUGCAAUGUUUUUAUUCAUAACCAGGAACAUGAUGGUACUACGAGUGCAUGGAGAAGACUUUGUAUUUCCUACACCCAUACAUCAAGUACCACCUAGAAUACCUCAAAUGAAUAUGAUGAAGGUUCAUAUACCUUUCACAUUUAAAUUAUUAGAAACAUCCACAUCUUCAUAUUCAGAAUUGCAAUGUUGCACUUCGAGUCAAGGGAAAUAUGGUAUCCGGGUAUAUUGGGGUGUGAAUAUUAGGGAAUUACACAUUUUUUUGUGGCGACCAUGGGCGGAUCUCAGAGACGCUUGUCUCAGUGGCGAUUUCUUGAAUAUAUAUUAUCAAUAUAAAGGACCUCACAUAGAGAAGAAUCCCCAUUCGGAUGAAAUAAUGACCCUAAAACUAGAAGAGCCCUUAGAAUUAGGUUCCCCUCCAAGGUUAUGUUAUCCUUUAGUUGUAAUAUUAUUUAGAAAUGACGUAAAUGAAAAUAUACUCCCAGACGAAACGGUGGCUCUCAUUAAUGUCAUCCACAUCAAAGACUCUGUUUGUACAUUACCAACUAGUAUUUUAGCGCAAUAUCUAAAACAAGCCAAUGGACAGUUGUCUUGCCUAAAACAAUUAUACCUCGCUACCGGAAAUCCCGGGGGAUACGAAGAGGGACAAAUUCCAUUCGCUGUAGCCGAACCAGUAGAAGGUGGUCCAGAUUCAAUGGAACAAACUCUCGUUUGUCCUACUAACGAAGACCCUACAUUAUGGAAUAGCACUGGAGAGCAAUUGUGUGUAGUUUGUCAAUAUUUUCCUCUGUCCAGAGCUUUGCUACCAUGCAGGCAUACAUGUAUCUGUGCCAGUUGUUUUGACAAAUUGGACCGUUGCCCGAUGUGUCGAGGACCCAUUAAAAGUUACUUCUGUAUCAGAGGUGAAGAAUACAUGCCUAUCACGACGAAUUCCAAAACUCAAGAUUCCCAUGGGUCCUUGUACAAUUGGCUACACCAUUGGGAUGAUCGUCUGACAGAUUUUUUAGGAUUCCAACGAUAACAAAUGACGCGAAACAAGAUAAUGUUGUAUAGAGAUCGACGCUACAUAUCCGAAAAUUGUAUUUAUAAAGUUUAUUUGGUCAUUAUAUGGUUUUAUUUGCGUUAGAGGUAGGGGCUGGUUCAAUGCUCAUUUAUACCGUUUAUGUAUUAUAUUUUUUAUUAAAACAAUCUUUAUACUGAACACAUUGUUUAGUUUUUAUCUUCCAUGUAUCACUGGUUUAUAUCCGGCUCGAAGGACCAGACGAUGUAAUUAUGUAGUAAACAGUGUGUUUAGUAUGAAUAUCAUCAACAGUUUUGAAUGAAUCUGUCUUUGGAUAUUAUUUUGCCAUUUUUAAUGGAGUUUUGGGUAUUUAAGUGAAAAUAUUUUAUUUAUUUUAUAUGUGAGAAUGUGCGAGACGAGAAUGAAACUUUUUUUAAAUUUUAUUGAAUAAUUAAUAUUUUCUUAGAUCCUAUAAUUUUAUUGGAAACUUAAAAAAAAUUAAAUAUGUACUGUUCAAAUUUCACAGUAAUGUAUUUUUAUAUAAAAAACUUUAUAUCACAAUAAUAUUAAUUUAUAUUUUAAUUUUUAAAUUAAAAAAAAAUGUUCACUUGUUAAAAAUACCAUUGAAUAAUUUUAUGAGAUAUAAAUUCUGAUUUAACACACUGUCUAUUAAGACUGGUCCUUCGAGUCUUCUGUCAUAUCCGGCUCGAAAGACUAAACAAUGUAAUUAAAUGGUAUUAAACAGUGUGUUUAUUAUUAUAUUAAAAAUUUCAAUGUAAUUUUGAUGUUCUGACAUGUUAAACCCGGUUCACAUUAUUCCAGUGCUGGACUUAUUGUCCACAUUAUUCCAGAUCAGUAACACUAUAUUGACAAUGCUUUCAAAAAGGAAGCUUAGAAAUUGUUUUAUUAUUGUUAGAAGUAACUGAUGUAAUGGGAGAAGCACUGAAUUAGCCAUUCACACCAUUCCAGUGGUACUCGAAUGGAAAUAGCCAUUUCAGUCAACUGGAUUGUAUUGAUCACUAGAAUGCUAUAUUCCAGUACAGCCGGACUAGAAAAAUGUGAACCAGGCUUUAGAUACUAGAUAUUAUUUAACCAGUUGAUGAUAAAUUAUAACGGCACUAGAUCAAAAGUGCUCCGAUAAUCACUGAAUUACGCCGAACAAAAUAGUGUUUUGUUCGGUGUAAUUUAGGUUAUAAUUGAACUUACUGCACUAGCUCAGAACUACUUCAUCAGUUCAGUGUACUGAAUAAAAUAGAUCUGAAACUAGCACAAGCAGGUUGUUUAAGUGUACUCAUUUAUUUGAAUAGACCAGUGACUUCUUCAGAUCAAAUAUUUUACUAUUUUGCUUGGUAUUUAAUUGUCCCUCCAGUCUUGCUCACCCCUUAUUGUUUUCCGUUGUAUGACAAAACUGAAAUUAUUUUAUAUGCAACGAAGUUUUCUUAAGGAAAACCAAUAAUUCUUGUUGCAACAUUCGAAUCUUAAUAAAAUGCUCUGUUUAAAGGUAACAAGCACAAACAUAUAAUUAAAAUAUAAGUUGGUUGAUUGCUGCCAGAUGGUCCCAAUAAAGCACAACUUUGCAUAUAUCGAAAAGAGUCAUAUUUAGAGCGGUACACACAAUGAACACGAGCAUGACGCGCUCUAGAUGUUCAAAAAUGUCAAAGAUAGUUCAACUUGUUGAGAAACCGUGAUAACGUGAAAAAUUUUUUUAUUUAUUUUGAAUUUAAAAGGGAGCGGUUGGGUACAGCUGCGUUAUUCUUCAUAGUCGGCUGGGGAACCGGUUCACCAGGUUGCAGGGAAACCGCAGAAAACCUGCAUCAACGUGAUGAUUAACGAAGAGUAUGUAGGGUGGGUGUGGGAGGUAGGGCUUUAUCUGAUGGAUAUGGGAGAAUUAUCGAGGAAGUUGAGGUAUAUUAUAAGGGAGUUUCCUCUUGGGUUUUGAGCAGAGGGGUCCUAUAUUGUUGAGCCAGGGGAUGAGAAGGGUUUUUUUGGCAGCGGAGUUAUUUGAUUCGAUUUGGGCUUGGAGGUCAUUUAGGCGGCUUGGGGGUUAUUUCUGUAUUGACAUAAACGGUGUUGCUAGUGCUGAAUCUACAUUUGUAUUGGCAAUAAUAAAUUCUAAAUAAUUCAAAAUAGUUGAUAACUGUUCAAAUUUCUUUAUAUACAUGCAUUUUUAAGGUUAUGUUAACUAGCGAAGCAGCAUCAUGUUCGCGGUCAUUCUGUGCAGUUUUAAAUCGAGUCUAUUUUUAACAAUUAUAAACGUAUAAAGCGCGUCAUGUUCGCGUUUAUUCUGUGCCCUACUUGGAAGAAAGUUGAUUUUCUUAAGGGGGUAUUAUGGUCUACAAGCCUAAAUUUUAGGCAUUUUUGAACUUACGUAAAACAAAAUGAAAAACAUUUUUACUAUCCACUUUUUAAAAUGAUUUUUAUCGACUUUUUAAGAAAAUAAAAAACAUUAGAAGUUAAAUAAAUUACAAGAUGGUAAAAUGGGAGCUACAAAAAAACGGUGCACCUGGUUGAAAUGAUUCCAGCUCUUGUAGUGAUCUGGAUUAAAAAAAUUCUUAGUUUGUAAAGAUAUCGCUAUCGCAUUGACCUUAGCCAAAAAAAUUUACACAAUGGCGUCGAUUUGAGAUAUCAAUUUUUUUGCUCCUUUCGAAUUUUUUAAAAAUACUCCAAAUUGAAUUUUUUUUAAAAUCCAAGGCAGACUCGAUACAGAGGUGUAUAAAAGAUUUCCACCAAAUUUCAAAGGAAUCGGUCGGGUUGAACUUGAGAUAUUUUGUCAAUCAUUUCAAAAAAAUAAUUCCAGUAGGAUAACUCGUUCGACUUGGCCACGUUUCAAAAUCUACUGUAUCUCCGGAAAAAAUGUCAAUUUUUAAAAAUUCGUUUAAGGAUAUAUUCUUCAGGGUCUAAGCUUUGAAAAUAUGCAAAAAAAUCGAUUUUUACAAAUUUCCAUACUAGAAUAGCCUCUUAAAGCCCAAUUACACCUACUGAGCUCUUGUCUAAGACAUGUCAUUCGACCCAGUAAGUCUCGUUAUAACUGGUCAAGUGAUUUUAAGCGACCCCAUCGUUCAGUAUAAUCACACACAUAAUUUUUUAUCAGUUAAUAAUUUUUUCUGUAUCAUUAAUUUGUUUUUUCAUUUUGGAAAUAUCUAAAUGGUCAAGUCACUUAACACCGUUGUAGUUUUUCUUUUCAUCGUUACGUUCUUGUCCAUUUCGUUUUCUUUGAGAUAUUAUUUUGUCCCAUAAUGCAGAUUUAUAGUAGUGUUUCAAAUUUUUUAUCUUUUAUUAUUUCUUGAAACACCCGUCAGGAUUUUACCAGCUGGAAUGUAAUCAACUACUCGGGAGGUGUGAUUAGGGCAUUAAAGUUAUUGAAUGAGUAGUAUAAUGUAAAGAAGUACAAUUUAUCUAUCCAUUUAUGUAAAAAACAUAAAACCACAUAAUUUCAAUCAAAUAGAAUUUUGAUUUGACCCAUUUUUGAAAUUAUUGUAAUAUUUGGGUUGUGGGAUGUCGGAAAAUAUUUUCAUAAAAUCUUUGAAUGAAUUGUUUUAUUUGGAAUAUUUAUGGAAAUGCAUCACGUUAAUUCAUUCAAGGAAGUCAAUUAUCAAUUACUGUGUAAUACAAUAAAUUUGUUAGUGAAAUAAGAUAUAAACAUCGCCAUCUAAAUGUGAACUUUCUUUGGUUGGCUUAUAGUUUUUUAUAACUGAAUUUCUACAUUAUUCUUAUCAUUUUAUUUUAUUAAUAUUUGACCUUGCAUCUAUACUUUCCGUUUAUAAUAUUAAAUAUCCCGUAAUUUUUUUUAUUAGAUCGAUACAUUUUUCCUCGUCUUGUUUUUGUUUUUUUUUGAAUAUGUUCAAUAAAAUUCCCAAUUUUAAAUAUAAAAAUAACUUAAUCCAUUAUACAAUCUGGUAUUCACCUCAAAAUAUAUUUUUGGCGAUAUGAGGAAUUCACAAAAGAGUGUUUAACACAAUUUGGGAAAAGUUAUUUAAAUGUUAUACAUAUCUCUAAUUUGAUAUGAAAAAAUUUUGAUAAUUUUUUUAUAUUAUCAUUAUAUUUAGUCAUUUUCAAUUUAAAUUUCGCGCUAAAACGCUCAUUACCAAUAUGGCGAUGCACUGACGUCAGUAUAUAGUAAGUGUUCUUUAGUGUAUUAUGUUUUUUAUGUUUAGUAGGACACAUGGUAUGAGGGGCAUGUAUGUAUGUAUGGAUUUUGGGGUAUCGUCUGCGACACAAAGGAUCUAUUGUGUUCCCCUUUCUUGCUGCGAUACUGGAGAACUCAGUGUUUAGGGCUGAUCCAUUAAUCCUACUCCGUUUAGAAAGUCUAGAAUGUGUGAUGGUUCUAGCUGCCAGAAAUCUUCUUGUAUUUCAAGCGCUCGCAGGUGUAGUGCUCUGGAAUUCCUUAGUGUUCCACACUUCGAGAGAUUGUGGAUAGACGUAUCGACCUUUGUGCUACAAAAUCUGCACGCCGCAUUAUCUGCCAGAUCUAGCGUCUUCAGUUGUUUGUAGGGGCGUCCGGCAAUUGUUUUUCACGUCAUACUUUUUACAUGAUUUGUAGGAUGGUUAUUUGUCCACCGGCCUUAAUGAGCUCUGCUAUGAUCAUAUCCUUUCCGGGGGCUUUGUGGUUUUUCAGCUUCUUGAUGGCGUCCUAUAUUUCCUCCAGAUUGGGCGGUUCGACUCGGUUAUCAUUCAAUGCUUUUAAUUCUUGGUUACCAGAGCGUAGAAGCUCUAAGAAGUGCUCCACUCAUCUAUUUACAAUUUCCUUCUUAUUAGUAAGAAUGUAUAUGUUCUUGUUCUUACAAAUAUUGACAUUUGGUUUAAAAUAUCUUCACUCUCUUCGAAUAUUCCUGUACUUUUUUUCUGUUUCUAAAGUUUUCCGUUGCUAUGCUUUGUUGUUUCAUUACCCAGUGUGUUCUCGGCCGCUUGUUUCAUGACGUAGCUGAAGUGUUGCCAUAUGGCGUUUACUGAUUCAUCAUAAUUCAUGUUCAGAUUCUCUUUGAUAAAAUUUUUAUAUUCACCUAGUGUUUUGUUUUCUUUCAAUGCACCUAUGCAUCUAUCCGUUUUGGAUCAUCGUUUUUCUAUUGUAAAUAUUUUCAAUUUAAAAUAAAAAUACCCACAAAAAAAAUUUAAUUUAAAUGUAAAUCUGUAAAUUAGUCUGUAAACCUCAAGAAAAUUAAACUACUGGUGUACUGAUAGUCAAAACAAAGUGAAUUAAAAGGCGUUAAUCGGGUGUACACUAUAUAGUGACGUCACUCGCAGCUGAUUAGUGUAUCGUCUGUUUCCGAUUUGAGACUUUUAGCGACAAUAAUUAUCAAUAAAUUUAUUUCUUACCACUGUCAAAUACACUUUAAUUCUAAAUUAUAUUAUUGUAAUUAUUUCCAUACUCAUCAAGAAUCGCAAUGAUUGGAUAUAGUGGAUUGUGUCACGGUUAUUUACAGAUUAGUGAUGUUAAGUUUAGAUACAAUUAUACCUCAAAAUUAUACGUCCACAUUUAGGUUGCCCAGCUAUACAAACAGUGCAAUAAUAAAUAAAAUUGCACCUAACCUAAUUAAAACAAUAAUACCAAUGUUCAAUAUAUUAGUAUUUCUCAACUAUCUUAAGAGUUACAGUGCAUUAAAUAUUUUUUUUUCCAAUUUUUAAAUAUUUAAUGGCCUCUUAGCUCAUUUUUAUUAGAGUAUUAAAUGCACUGUAUUUGAAACUCAUAUUGACUUUGAAUAUUGAUAGUAUUGCAUCUAAAAUGUCAACACCGAUAAUUCAAAUAUAAAUACAAGUUUCCUAUACUUAUUUAUACUCAAAACUCACUUUUUUGCUCAACUUAUGUUAUAGGUGUAGAGGUAAUAUUUCUUAUAAACUUAACCCUUGGUUGGCUCCAAUCCAGUCCCUACCUCUUCUUCUCUUUUUGUCCCUGUUCAGCAUAUUACCUUAACUUUCUCUUCUUCUCCAGUUUCACUUAUGUCAUAAAUUAUCUCGCCUGUUGUAAUUAUCUAAUUGUUUUGUUAUUAUUAGAAAUUUUGUUAUUGUCUAUAAAUAUUUCUUUGUAAUCAUUUUUAUCUUGUGUAUAUAAUUUUUAGAAUUUCAUCUCAAUUUAUGGUACCUCAUCUUCAAAAUUAAUCAGUGAAAGCAAACAAAUCCUCAUUUACACAUUCCAAUUAUUUUCUGGUAAAGAGGAGUUGGAAUUAAAUGGAACAGGUGAAAAAUUCGUUUACCUGUGAUUUCAACCGAUGUUUUAAAUCGUCCUCAUUGUCAGUGAUAUGCUAUCACCAAAGCCACUUCUUCAUUACAGCAAAUAGAUAAUUAGAAGGAUUCACGUGCGAAGGACUUUGAAACAAAUCUAAUUUGAAUCCUACUUAGCAGUCCGCAAGGUUUGUUCUAAUUGGCUCUUUUUUGAAUUUUUCAAAAUGCUACACUAAACUUUGGUAUUCAUUGUAGCUCCAAGAAUUUAGCGAUCAUUUUCCGCCUCGUUAUUUUGUUACCAAUUAUAAAUCUGGGUUUGAUCCAUCUUUUCUAUACAUGGGUAUUAGUUUGAACCCAAUCCAUGGUUGGAAAACUUCAUUAACAGUAAAAUAGAAUGAGUUGAUUUAUCGGUGUUGCCAUAUCAAACUAGAAGUAGCUUUUCUUGUGAUUAUCACUUUGUAAAUUACUAUUUUAAUAUUUAUAUGACUAGCCUGUGAUAAAAAUGAAAUAAAAGAUUUAUUUAUAA